GAAAACAUUAAUUGCCACAACUGUACAAUGAGCACGUGUUCAACGCGUAAUGUUGAUGUACGUCGAUAUUGACAAAAGUGCUUUCAAAAAAUGGAAAAAACACUGUACAAAUCAAUUGUAAAAUAUUAUUCGUAUUUAAAAAUUGUAUCAACUACCUGGAAUGAUGUGAUUUCUAGUGCAAAAGAACAAAUAAAUGGUUUAAAAAGUCUCUGUGAACAAUUUCGACUAAUCACAAGUGUCGAUGCCGAUCAGACGGAAAUUUAUAAACAAAAUGGAUUAAAGGAAAAAUUGCAAAUAAAAGUAUUCCGUGCAAUACAAAAUGAAAUUGCAAUCAUUGGAAAUUUUUUGAAUCGACUUAAUAAAAUUAAUCAGGAGUUAAAAAAUAAAUUCGCAAGAAUAGAAGAAGCGAGAAGUAAAGUUUCAUUGAGAGAUUUAGAAAUGAAACAAUUAAUUAAUGGCACUCCAUUAAUUCCAAGACUGGAAAAAUUAAUCCUUUGGGCUAAAGAAUCUCAGGAUUAUUAUCCAUCACUAUUACAGUCUGUAAGCGAAAAUUUUAAUUCUCUCGAUCACAAUGAUGAAAAUACUAUUGUAAAUUUUGAAAAAUCUUUCAAUAUUAAUUAUUUUUGGAAGAUAAAAAUUGACAAUAUUCUACGAUUCACUGAAACCAUAUCGAGGGUAAAUGUUUCCUAGCUAAUUUUUUUUUUUUUUUUUUGUGAAAAAUCAUUUAUUUAUAUAUUAGUUUUUAAAUAAAAAAAUAUAAUUUUUAA